AUGAAGAUUUCUUACCACUCACCUCAUCAGCCUAAAUGUGGGGUCUGCCAAAAGCACUGCAAAUCUUUUGAAUCUUUGAGGAAUCACCUUAAUGGCCCAUUAGCAAGGGCAAGUUGUUCGAGGGUUUUCUCUGCCCAAGUUUGUGAUCUUUGCUUAAAAGUCUGUGAUAACCCCAGUUCUCUUGGCAAGCAUCGAGAUACAUGCUCCCUCUCUGCACCUGCUUCCCUUGGAACAAAGAUAUUGCCUUCUGCAGAAUCAGUUGAUGAAAAGUACACUGCCAAAGGUGCUGGGGCCAUUGCUAUUGACUGUGAAUUGGUUGGUGGUGGAAUCGAUGGAUCUCUUAACCUCUGUGCAAUGGUUUGUCUGGUUGAUGAAGAUGAAAAUAUAAUUUUCCAUACAUAUGUUCAACCUCAAAUUACUGUCACUGAUUACAGAUAUGAAAUAACUGGAUUAACUGAAGAGCAUCUGAGAAAUUCGAAGUCACUCAAGGAAGUACAAGACAGAAUUCUGGAAAUUUUGUACAAUGGAGAAUCUGCUAGGAUAGUAAGGUCAGAUGGUGGAAAGGCUAGACUGCUCGUGGGUCACGACUUGAAGCAUGAUUUGGAUUGCUUGAGAAUAAACUAUCCUGGUCAUUUGUUGAGGGAUACUGCAAAAUACCGUCCAUUGUUGAAAACUAAUCUGGUUAGCCACUCACUCAAGUACCUCACGAAAACAUAUCUUGGGCAAGUUGCUCUGUAUGAUAUCCAGACAGGGGUGCAUGAUCCAUAUGUAGAUUGUGUCUCUGUUAUGAGACUGUACAAGAGAAUGCGUGCUCAAGAUCAUCAAGUUAAAGGAAUUGGAACUCCAAAUUCCCACAGCGGGUUUGACUCCUGGAAACCAGAGGAACUCGAGAACAUGACCACAGAGGAGCUAUACCAGAUCUCAAAGUCAGACUACAGAUGCUGGUGUUUGGAUUUAGGGCCAACAGCAGAGCUUAACAAUUGA